AUGAUGGCCACGGCCGUUUUGUAUUACGUUCAAAGUUUAUGGCCGUUUGCAACGUUCAGAAACGAUGAUUUGCGGUUAUCUGAUCGGUUAGUGAAGGGACUGGAGUUACCCGAUGAGACAAAACGGUUUGUGUUUGCAAUUCGGGAACCAGAAUCAGAGGCAGUGAUAUAUAUACUCUGUGUUCAGAAUCUAUCUGAAAGAUCAGCCAUAGAUGUUGAACGCCUUGUUAGAUGCGUUAAGCCAGGAGCAGUUGUGGCUCAAGUGAACGAGAUUGAUUUUGAAGAUGUUCAGUUGUUAAGUGAUGAUGGUGGUGAUAGUGAACAUCCGAUUCCCACUUCUUCAUUGGAAGUACUUAAGAGGUGUUUUCUUCAUAAGAUUGGUAAAGAUACAUAUGAAAAUGUGGCUGGGAAUUUGGUCUUGAAGGAGAUCUUUGGCGUUGGCUUCAAUGGCCAUUUUUCAACUGCAAAGAGAAUAGCUGAAGAAGUCGGUUCUUCAUUUCUGCUGCUUGAGUCUCCUUUUGUGCAAUUGGAAAGGGAUAACAACAAUUCCUCAAGUGAAGUCGAAUCAGAUGAUCACAUUCGUUCCCAAACAUUGAAGUUAUUAUCCUCUCAUUUACUUCAAUUAAACCCUAAUCAAAAUCCAAGUCCUAUAAACAUUCAGCCAAAAGACGAUUACGAGGCCCCACAGUAUGCACGUUCUGUAUACCCCUUACUUCAAGAUUUACACAACAUAUUUCUUGAAAUACCCUCAAUUGGACGUUCUCUAGCUUAUGCACAAAAGAUGCUUCAUGAUGUAAGCAAAGGUGAGGGCAUUGACACCAAACUCCUCUCAGAAGUAUACACAUUUCGAAUUGCAGUUGAAGGCUUAAGAAUUGCUCUAAACAAUGCUGGUAGAAUGCCAAUAAACAAAACAGGAAACCAUCAAACACCCAAAACCAAAACAGAUUUUUCCACUCUCCCAGAUGAAGAAAAAUCACACGCUCUUCUUGCAAAUGCACUUCGUAGUCAAACAAAGAAUUUCAACUCCAUAGUGGCAAUCUUGGAUGCCAGCACAUUAUCCGGUUUAAGAAAACACUGGAACACAGAAGUCCCUCAAGAAAUCGAAGACACCAUUGAAGAACUUGUUGCAGAGUCAACAAAAGAUGGAGAAACAACAAAUCAUGACAAAAAAAGAAGAUUAACAAACAAACCAGUAGUAGCUGUAGGAGCAGGAGCAACAGCAGUGUUAGGAGCUUCAUCUCUUUCUAAAGUUGUCCCAGCUUCAACUUUUAUAAAAGUUGUCACCUUUAAAGUUCCUGCAUCUCUAAAACUCAUAAUGACACAGACCCAAAAGCUUGUUUCCAUUUCAAUCAGCAAGAUUCUUGGUCCUUCAAAAGUUAUUGCUCCUAGUUUCUUCAAUUCUGGAGUAAACACUACAUCUUCCAUGAAAGCAGCUGCUUCUGCUGAGAAGAUAAGAACUGUGGUUCACAGUGUGAUAGCAUCUGCUGAAAAGACGAGUCUUUCAGCAAUGAGAACAGCUUUUUAUGAGAUUAUGAGGAAAAGACGAGUUCGCCCUAUUGGUGUGCUUCCAUGGGCUACAUUUGGAUGCAGUGUGGCUACAUGUUCAAGUUUACUUGUAUAUGGUGAUGGAAUUGAAUGUGCUGUUGAAUCUCUUCCUUCAGCUCCUUCAAUUGCUAGUUUGGGUCGUGGGAUUGAAAGCUUGCAUCAAGCAUCACAAGCUGUAGAACAAAUGGAAAGCUUCAGGAUACAAAAAUCUAUCGAGUCGCUUGUCAACAGGUUUAAAAAAUGGAAUCUUGCCUCAUGA